AUGGAAUGUGGGAGCUCUCACGGACAGGCUGCAGCCAUGGUGAAUGCAGCUGCGGCCCAUGCAGCCACGCAACAUGCAGGUCUGUCGGAUCGACUCAACCGAUGCGUCCGCCCGGAUGUCUGCCAGUCCGUUGCCUCUCAGGCUGGUCCACGGCAGUCCUCUUUGCCCGCCUUCAUUUCCCUGGCAGAGGAGGGCCAAGGGCCACCCCAACUUCCACUGCCACCACCUGGAGUUCCCGGAGUUCCUGGAGUUGGAGCUCAAGGACUGCCUGGUGUUCCACCUGGAGUUCCAAGCAACUUGCUCUCAGGUGCCGGUGGGUUUUCGCCUGGAGGGCUCUUGAACCUGGCACAGGCUGCGCAGGUUGGGCAGAAUCCAGGAUUUGCACCAUUUCAGGCGCCCACACCGGCAAUUCAGGCACAGAUGGCGCACGAGCGACUUCUGAAAGAUGCAUCGGAGAGGCUGGGUCCAUCCUCUGAGCGGCUCAGCCAAUUGCAGUCUCCGCCAUUGGACCCACGAGGUCUCUCUUCGCUGAUGGCAGCGCCAGGCUUUCAAUCGCCUGGCUACGCUGACCUGGACUCAAUGCUUGCAGAGAACUUGCUGAAGCAACGACACCAUCUGGAGCAACUUCAUCUUCAAAAGAUGCAGCAGCAACAACUGCAGCUGCAUCACCUUAUGCAGCAGCAACAAAUUCUGCAAUCGCAGAUGCAACUGCCGCAGAUGCAUCAGAUGCAGCACAUGCCGCAAAUGAUGCCGACCGCGCCGCGCCGAGAUGGGCGGCCGGAUCGGCACGAACAGCGAGAGCAUCGCAAGGACAGAGACCUGGAAGGGGCAGAAAGAGAAGCAGACCACCGUCAUGUUGCGGAAUCUCCCAGUGGGGUACUCCCGGGACAUGCUGGUGGCCUUGAUGAACCGAAAUGGGUUUGA